AUGACAUCUUUGUACCACAACAGUGUUGAGAGACACUUAGGAAGCUCCGGUAUCCAGUAUGGUCCCCAACACCCACAAAGUCGUUCCAGAGCCCCAGCCCAGUUCCUUCCACCCUCCUUGCAAAGUAAUGCCUCAUUCUCCCUGCCCACCACAUCCUCCCACAUCCCUGCACCAUCUGCUUCGGUUCCUACACCAGUUUUGAAGUGUGCACAUUGGUUUUGA